AUGGCUACCGGUAGUACCACCUAUGAUGUGCCGCCUGGAUUGGAAUAUUUAAUUCACAUAGACCAUGUUCUGGUUCAACAGCAGUUUGAGAUUGUGGAAGCCCUUUUAGGUUUUGAAACUGCUAACAAAUACAACAUCAAGAACAAAUUUGGGGAGAAUAUUUACUAUGCCGUAGAACAGUCUAAUUUCCUCACACGCUUUUGCUGUGGGGACUAUAGGUAUUUCUCCAUGAGUAUCGUUGAUAACUCCGGUCGUGAAGUCAUAUCUCUGGAGCGACCACUCAGAUGUGACUCUUGUUUCUUCCCCUGCUGCCUCCAGAAGAUAGAAGUCCAAGCUCCUCCUGGUGUGCCAAUAGGUUAUGUUAUUCAGACCUGGCACCCAUGUAAGCCAAAGUUUAUAGUUCAAAAUAAGAAGAAGCAGGCUGUUCUAAAAAUUAUUGGUCCAUGUAUGCCGAGCAGUUGUGGAGGAAACGUUGAUUUCGAGAUCAAAUCUCUUGAUGAAAGCAUAGCGGUUGGCAGGAUUUCAAAGCACUGGUCUGGAGUUCUGAAGGAAUUCCUGACAGAUGUGGACAAUUUUGGAGUGCAGUUCCCUUCAGACCUGGACGUACGGAUAAAGGCCGUGACGCUCGGAGCCUGCUUCCUCAUCGAUUUUAUGUUUUUUGAAACUGGUCAAGGCAAGAAACCAAAACUACAAUUAUUUUAA